AUGGAUGACACAGUCCGCAGCAAGAUCCAACGCGUAGGCAGCGAGAUCCGGGCUCCGUACGAAGAUCGCACCAUCUGCGAUCUUGUCCGCGUUCCUCUUUCCUCAGGGCGACAUGAUACUAUGCUUGCCACCAUUCAAAUCUUCAAGUGUAGGAAACAUUUACACGAUCGGCAUAGUCCCGAUGCGUCCGUGCAUAGAUCAGUGUCCGCGUCGAUGAAGUGGUGGGUCCAAGUUUGGAUGGUGUUCUGGGAAGCGGAGAUCUGGGACACUGGUAGGACAGAGGUUGUAUCUAGCAACAUCCCAGCGCAGGCAGCCCUAGUCGAAAUCUCGUAG